AUGCAAUCGCCCCUUAAUCAUGCUCAGAGCGACAGCAGCGGAAGCCCUAACAAUUCUGCGAAGCCGAAGCCUUGCCUGGCUCGAGACUUCUCCCACUACUACUCCCAUGCAACUCGGAAAAGAACUGAGAGCAAUGUGAAGCAGCUGUACAAGUACUUUGCAAUUCCGGGAAUCCAUAAUCUAGCCGGAGGCCUGCCACACGCCUCUCUCUUCCCAUUCGACUCACUCGAAGCGGAUGUUUCGCUUCCGAAUAGAAUAUCCCCAGAUGGGAAUUUUGAGAGGGCUGCCCCUUCGCAGAGACUGCUGAUUCCAAAAGAAAGUGACAUUUCUGAUGCUCCGACGAAAAUAGACCUGACGACAGCCUUGCAAUACGGCACGGCAGAAGGAUACCCACCUCUGCGGUCAUUCAUCCGCCAGUUCGUCCGAGAAAUACUACAUCCUAGUGUACCGUAUUUUGGAGGGCCGGAAAUAGUUCUAACUUGCGGAUCGACUGAUGGCUUCUGUAAAACCAUCGAAGCCUUCACUAAUAUCUGGGACGAGGAUUGUGAUUGGAGAGCGCGCCAGGGUUUGUUGUGCGAGGAAUACGCAUACCCUAAUGCUAUACAAGCCGUUCAACCUCGUGGCCUCAAUAUCGUUCCUGUCGCGGUGGACUCGCAUGGGAUGAAGGUAGGAGGGAAAGGUGGGUUGGCUGACAUCCUGGAUCACUGGGAUUUCGGUCGGGGGCAGAGGCCUCAUUUGAUGUACACGGUGACGCUCGGCCAGAACCCCACUGGGUCAGUCCUACCGCUUCGAAGGCGGCGGGAAAUAUAUUCCCUUUGCCGGAUAUAUGACAUCAUUAUUAUUGAAGACGAGCCAUAUUGGCAUUUGCAAUAUCCAUCUACCGCCAGGAAUUCAGAGUCCGGUGAAGAUUGGACCGAUUCCAGUGCUCGCGGCGAACCUUCUGGUUACCCGUUCCUGGACUCACUAGUCAGCUCGUACCUCUCUAUAGAUAUAGAUGGCAGGGUCAUUCGCCUUGAUACCUUUUCCAAGAUCAUCGCUCCUGGAUGCCGUCUUGGCUGGUUGACAGCACAGCCAGAUAUUGUGGAGCGCAUACUGCGUAUAACUGAAACUUCCACGCAGCAGCCCUCAGGGUUUGCACAGGGGAUGGUUUCUAAGCUCAUCCUGGGUGAUCAACUAGAUGAUGUAUCUACUGGAAAGUCUUUGGAUGAGGGCAACCCAGGAUGGCGUAUGGAUGGCUGGGUUCGCUGGCUCGAAGGGCUACGCGGAGGGUACGAGAAGCGUAUGCAAACAAUGUGCACCAUCCUGGAAGAGGGCAAGUUCUCCCCGGUGGAAGAAACAGUGCCACAGGACGUCGAAGAGUGGGAGAUCCUCAACAACGUCCAAAUGUUCGAUUUUGACUGGCCUGGUGGAGGGAUGUUCGUGUGGAUCAAAAUAUGCUUGGAAACGCAUCCGCUAUGGAAUCAAAUGCCAGCCGCUGAUCUCUCAAACGCUCUAUGGAAGCACUUGAUUAAAAAGCCCUACCGAACCAUCGUCGCUCCUGGUUGGGCGUUUGCACCCACUGAUGAAGGGAAGAAGACUUCCUGGAGAUAUAUGCGCCUUUGCUUUGCACCCAUGGAUGAGAGUGAUGUUGCACUGACGAGUCAGAAGUUCGUUGAGGGCAUUCGAAGUUUCUGGCAAGUAAAAUGUGUUUACUGCAUGAGUAAUGAUGACGAUGAUAGCUGUGGCGACGAAGCCUUGCAUCCAUAA